AUGGACUUCGCAGUCACGAAAUACGAUUGGGGCGAAAGCCACGACAUUUUGAUUCCCUUUCAUGAGGAUUGUUACUCUAUUCUUGAGCAAGUCGUCGCCCCGACUAAAAUUGUCAUUGCUGCGCUGUACGAGAUCCUCAUCCCCCAUGUGCCUGACAGGAAUGCAUUUGGUCUUGACUAUGAUUAUGGCGGCGACGCGUCAGCCUGUCGGGAGAUCGAGUGGAAGUGGAUUACAGGACUGGAAUAUGUCGUUGCCUCACCAACAAAGAUCCCACGUGUCCAAAAGUUCAUCAAGUUGAUCUUGCAGGAAUCGAAGCUGGAGGAGUCUGAUGUAAAACGCUGCUCUUAUCAGACGAACAGUAGAAGUGAUAGCAGGUUCGAAUUGCUUCCAGACGAGAUUAUGUCUGGCGUGCUGGAAUGUCUCGACUACGGCAGCCUCUGCGCCAUCCGUCUUGCUUCUCGCAGCGCCGCCAAUGUCACGUCGUCCAAUGCAUUCUAG